AACAAUCCGCCCGGGCGUCCAUCUUGAAUACAGUAAGCUAACGUUGAUUGACGGUAACGUCGGGGAAAUCGCGACACAUUGAGUUCAGACCGCCCUACGAAGUCCAUCGACUGCGACAACCCGGGCAAUACAGACCGAAGGAUUACAUUUAGUGUUGUUAUCGAUCAAAUCCGUUUAAUUUUUGGCGACAUAUUCCAGACUGGGCUGAUGAAGUUAUUUCGAAGGCUGCGCGUGCUAAGCUUUAUACAACCGUCGACAUUUCUUAGUUCGAUAAGACUGGCCGUUUUAACUACUCACCAUAGCUUUUCUUGACACGCUUUCUGAGGUCGCUAAUUGCAGGUUCGAGUUAUUAAAAACCCGUCGGGAAUGUGGACAUAGCAUGUUUGGACAUAUUUAAGUCCUUCGCUGUCAACUUGAGCUCGCGAGGGGCGCGUGCGUGCCUUUAAUCGUGCGCGUGACCCCGUUUAUUUCACUUUAUUUACGAUCCGUUACGCUACAUAUAUACAACGAUUUGCGAAUAGAGUAAAUCAAGUAAGAGAGAUGUGAAAACAGUCUCUGGGGGGGAGGGUGUUAAUUCAAUUGCAAUCCCCAUAAAUGCAAAUGCAUUUCGUAUAUUGCCUUUCAGAGGCAUUACUUUGAUUGCAAUAUUAGUUCCUUUGCGUCAAUAACUAUAGAUAAAUGCAUAUUGUAUGGCGGGAUCUAUGCAUAGGUUGUCCAGUUGUUCUGAUCAUUGGGGAUGGGAGCUGGCCCAUUUGCUGAAAGCGCUUAUUGAACGGACUCGUUCGUUCUGAGCGCGCGACAGGUCAACAUUUUUAUAGAGACAGUAUUCCUAUGGAUUGAAACUGAAUCUCGCUAUUGAUAUGGGGUUCAAGAUCAACUGCGUGGACAGUCGUAGAUCAUUGCAUUUCUAAAAGCUCCUCUCCUUUGAAUGAACUAUCACCAGUGGACAUUUUGACAUCUCUUAAUCACUGAACCCGAGGACAACAAACUGGCAUUGGAUUUGUGCAUUGGCAUAUAUCACUGAUUCUGUGACAUGGAUGUGUUUCACUGACUGUUGAUCAGUAGUGUUUUUUAAGGCAACUUGAAUGCAAAGACGCUUGGAUUUUGAGGAAAAGGACAGUAGAUUGAAAACAUGGGACCUGCAACAAAGCUGGCGUUUGGAGUGUUCCUCAUCUCUUGCUCCUCAGGUGCCAUCCUUGGCCGCUCAGAGACACAAAAGUGUGUUUUCUUCAAUUAUAACCCCAGUUUGGAGAACCGAGGAAACCACAGUGGGAUUGAGUCUUGCGUGGGAGACAAAGACAAGAGACUUCAUUGCUAUUCAACUUGGCGAAAUGUGUCAGGAUCGAUUGAAAUUGUAAGGCAAGGCUGCUGGCUGGAUGACGUUAACUGCUAUGACAGUACGGAGUGCGUGGAGAAGAAGGAGGACCCUGAUGUGUUUUUCUGCUGCUGUGAAGGCAACAUGUGCAACGAGAAGUUCUUCUACAACCCGUACACACAGCUAGUUCAGAGUAAGGCUUUCUUCAGCGACACAAACAGCAAAGUCUUUAAGGCGACGUCUAACCCUAUUACCCAGAAUCCACCUCUGUUCAGCACUCUCCUUUACUCGAUCGUGCCCAUCAUGGGCAUUGCUGCCAUUGUCCUUCUCUCCUUCUGGAUGUAUCGCCAUCACAAGCUUGCAUAUCCUGCUGUUCUGGUUCCCACACAGGACCCUGGACCCAUGCCACCAUCUCCCACCUUGGUCCAGAAGCCACUGCAGUUGUUAGAAAUCAAAGCUAGGGGGCGCUUUGGCUGCGUGUGGAAGGCUCAGCUGCUAAAUGACUAUGUGGCGGUGAAGAUCUUCCCCAUUCAGGACAAGCUGUCUUGGCAGAACGAAUAUGACAUUUACAAUCUUCCCGGCAUGAGGCAUGAGAAUGUUCUGCACUUCAUCGGAGCCGAGAAAAGAGGAAGCAACUUGGACAUUGAGCUGUGGCUCAUCACGGCUUACCAUGAAAAGGGCUCCCUGACGGACUACCUGAAGGCAAAUGUAGUGACGUGGAACGAGCUGUGUCUCAUUGCCCAGACCAUGGCUCGAGGCCUGGCUUUCCUGCAUGCCGACAUCCCAGGACUCCGAGACGGCCAAAAAACAGCAAUCGCACACAGGGAUAUUAAGAGCAAGAACGUGCUGCUGAAGGCAAACCUGACAGCCUGUAUAGCUGACUUUGGUCUGGCUCUGAGGUUUGAGGCAGGGAAGUCAGCUGGGGACACACAUGGGCAGGUGGGAACCAGGCGUUACAUGGCCCCGGAGGUGUUGGAGGGGGCCAUCAACUUCCAGCGGGAUGCUUUCCUCAGGAUAGACAUGUAUGCAGUGGGGCUGGUGCUGUGGGAACUGGCAUCUCGCUGCACUGCAUCUGAUGGUCCAGUUGAUGAGUACAUGCUGCCGUUUGAGGAGGAGGUGGGGCAGCAUCCCACACUGGAGGACAUGCAGGAGGUGGUGGUCCAUAAAAAGCUUCGGCCCACUCUCAGGGAGUGCUGGCAGAAACAUCUGGGCCUGGCCUUGCUGUGUGAGACUAUAGAGGAGUGUUGGGACCACGAGGCCGAGGCACGUCUCUCUGCGGGCUGCGUUGAGGAACGUGUGGUGCAAAUGCAGCGGCAGACCAGCAUCUCUGCCCCAGAGGAAAUAGUCACUGUUGUAACCAUGGUGACCAAUGUAGACUAUCCCCCUAAGGAGUCCAGUCUAUGACUAGACAAUAUCGGCGUGUGAAUUGCAGGUUGACUGUACAGAAAGAAACGCGUCUGGGAUGGUGGACUGCUGUUCUGAGCAGCUUCGUAUAUACGUUGAUGUCCUGCUCCCACGGCUGGAUGCAUUCUGCGCCUAAUCUGGUUUUAAUACAGAUUUACUUGGAGCCAGCUGUUAAUGUACGUGUAUAUAUAAAACUAUCACAACCCUGGUAAGGACGGAUGGAUUGUAAUCCACAACGAUGACUCCUGAAUCAAAAACGAACCUCUUCGUUGGCGUUUCCCUGUUCAAGGAGUAAAUCAGACUCGCACAGAGAUUGUGUCAUUUCACUAUGACUUAUAAAUAAGGGCAUCGUCCAUGUACAAAAGACACAUUUAAUGUGUUUGUAUGAAUGACUAUUGUAAUGCCAAUAAGAAACAGCUUCAUGAAUGUGUAGUGCGACGCUGCUGUACAGAUAUCAACAGAAAGGGUGACGAAAAAGCCCACAUCAACACGUGUUUCCUCUGAAAGCUUCUCAGAGUUUGUCAGAUAACCACCAACCUCUCGACAAGGUAUACCUCAGUUUCUCAUCCUAAUAAUUCAUUUGUUUUGUAACACUAAAUAAUAUAAAAGAGGCUUUUCGAAGACCUCCGUUUGGCACAGAAGCUUUUUAAAUACGGGGAAAACUUUUUUUAUAUUACAGAUUAUGCCAAGAAACGAUGGCCAUUCAUAAACCAGUGUUCUGCCUUCUUUCUUUUAGUCGAUGUUCUCUGUGUUGCCCUGCUGUUUCAAAUGUGAUAUUUAGGUUUUUUUACCUUUAUCGAGACCUGUUGAGAAGAAAAAAAAUAAAUCCCUGAAAAUAUGAAUUUUGUGAAAAAAUACAGAAGCACUUACCAAUAUAGGUUUGCGGUGUCCUCACAACAUUGACGUAUGUGCAUGCCUUGAGUUUUAUUUCUUGAACUCUCAUUAGCACCCCGUUUAUUCUUUAUGCAUUAAGCUCAGAUAUUCCCUGUCUUCAUGGUGUAGCUUUUUUUGGUUUGUUUGAUUUCCAUUUCAUUUGUCUAAUCCUGGUCUUCUGCGAUCACUGUCCGCUUUGUUAUGCUGUGAGUAGAAGAUAGCCUCAAGCGCUAAACUUGAACCAGCUGCCUCAUGAAGCUUGACCUCGUGAGUGGCAUCGUAAAAUUGGUUUUAGAUCAGCGGCCGGACAUCCUUCUACACACAUCGACAAGAACUGUAUCUCAGUGUCUCAGGAAGCGUUUUCCUUUGCUUCGAGCCCUCUGGUGCCAUUUUGGUGACCCUUGUUGUGUUAUGUAUGCAAGGGCCCUUAACAAAACACCUUAGUGUGGUCAUAUUAUGUGCAAUAACAUCAUAAGCAGGGACUGUUUCACAGCUGCAAAGCCACUUCCAAUGUGGCUAAAUACAAGCGCCUAGCAAACCGCUUCAAGACCGUGAACUGAAGUCAACUUCAGGCUUAUGACACUGCUAUGCAUAUAUUAUGAUGCCCAGUUGUCUGAGAGAUUUAAACUAAUAAUAUGCUGUCUUUGGGACCGAACACAUGCAGCAACUCUCUGCCAAUGGAUCAGUGAGUCUUUCUAAUUAACAGCUUCUUUGCUGCUGCUCUUCAACACAAUUCAGUGGCUCGUUUAGGUCAGUUUUGCUUUCAUGAUGCCGCAUGUGAUGAUUCAUUUGACAACGUUAAGUUCUAUUCAACCAUAUGCAAUCAACCCCUUUCAAUGCAUCUCUCUAUCUCUCUCUCUCUCUCUCUACUGUAGCACUCCAAAUCAGCCCAUAAUAUUUGUAUUUAAUCUGAUUGUUGCCCUGGUGCAGAGGCUAUCAGGAUGGUGCAGUAAUAUAAGGGCAUGUGCCAUCUUUCAAGGGCAGAAUGAGAGUUCUCCUCGUCUCCAGGCCCACAUGGUGACAAUGGCCCUGUUCCAAAUGGUGCACUUGAUGUGAACUUGCAGACUUUCGAUGGCCAACACAUGUGCGGGUCCGUAAACGAGACCGUAGGGUGCCCCAUUUGUCAUGCUUCAGGACAGUGCUCACCAGCGCCCCUUUGUAGCCGCUAUGUGCCCUCGAUGCACCCUUUUGCCAAACCCACACUGGUUCCACUAGACCCCACUGUUUAAUGCUUGGGUAUACUUCGUUUUUCUUUGUGCCAUUACUUCUUGUGCACAGUCUAGUGCUCUAGCCUUUCAAAGGAGACUCUUUUGACCACGAGCCCAUAUGGACAUGUGUGAUGUGUCCUUUGUGAUACUCCCUGGGUUCAAAUAUGCAUAAUUUCCCACUCUAUAUUAUGCCAAAAUCAGUCUAUCAAUUGAGUAGUAUAUCCAAAUCCUCAGUAUUCAUUAAUAUAAUACCCAGAGUACCUACUACAUCCAACGAGAUCUGAAGUGUGCGUCCACUGGGUACUACUAUCCCAUAAUCCCUCUGGAUCAGAUUAAAAAUGCUGAAUUAAAAAAUAAAUAUAUCUAUAUUUUUUUUACUGUAAAUAUUCCGGGUUCAAGUUAAGCUCAAUCAGCAUUUGAGGCACAAUGUUGAUUACCACCAAAAAUUAUUUCAUCCCCCCCUUUUCUUCAGAAAUCCAGAAAUCCGGGUUACAACGAGGCACUUACAAUGGAAGUGAAUGGGGCCAAUUUUUGGAGGGUUUAAAGACAGAAUUGUGAAGCUUCUAAUUAUAUAAAAGCACUUACAGUAAUUCUUCUGUUAAAAUGCAUGUAUUAUUUGAGCUGUAAAGUUGUUUAAUUCAUCAUUUUUACAGUUGCUUUAGAGUUUGUUGACAUUACAUCGUCAUAGCAACAAAGUUGUAACAUUGGCUUUUACUUUAAAGGUUACUAAGUGAUUUUAUCAGACUAGAAUCAUGUAAACAAGCUUAUUGUUUAUGUCUUGUGGCUCUACUUUUGAAACUUUUGAGUAUUUUAACGUUUACAAAUUGGCCCCAUUUACUUCCAUUCAGUUUUUUUAAGGAGGAACGAGUCUAAAUUAUUUUUUGUGGUAAUAACCAUUAAGCCACAAAUUCUGUCGAUUGAACUUAAAUUGUAUCGAACCCGGAAUAUUCCUUUACAGUUAAACUGCACUUAUUUAACACUACAUCAUAUAUUCGUGUCACAGGACGAUGCCAUGUUCAAUGUCCGGUAAUGUAUUUUACUCACUACUCAUACUAAUAUCUAAACAACAUACUUUAUUAACGGGCGAGUUGCACAUUCUUUAUAAAAUGCAGUAUGUACUCUGACGUGAAUUGGGGCGGAGCACCUCUUUGGUACCGUCAAUUCUAGGUGCAUGCGCACAGACCCACUCAGACACCUGGUCUAGAAUAACUGGGCUGCACAUAAACAGUCUACACAUACUGUGCUAAUAACGCAAUUUGUGUCAUGUGUACUGUGCGCAAGACAUAGCGGCAUGUAUAAAACCGAAGUAUACUUGCCCAAGUGCAUGGGGUGGCAUUUGGGACAGGGUCUGCGUGGGUGGCAUUUGGGACAAGACUCUGCGGAUGCAGAACUGAACUCUUCAUAAAAACAAAAUAACCCAUAGAUACUGAUUCGGUCACUCGGUUAGGAGUCAAAGUUCUGUUUAUUUGUAUACAGGGUUAGGAUAAGUGACUAGUCACAUUUGCUCUUUAACAUCCUGGUCCGAGAGCCUCUGUUUAGGGUACUUGUGACGGUUAUUGCGAUUCACCUUUGACCAUAAACACGAUAAUGAAGAUUCCCAAAAUGUGAGCGAUCGCUGCGGGCCUGUAAAGUGUUUUCACCAGGCACUGUUUUGUUCCCCUGUCUGUUCUCAAAGUCUGUUUUUCUCUCAAGUUUAGUUCAGUGAAUCUGGUCUAAAGGAAGUUGAAUAAGAACACACCCAUCAGACGAAAAGCCAAACCUAUAAGCCCCACAUUUAGUCAAUAAUAAUUCACCGUAUGUACAUAUGAAUGUUGUUUUAGAUUGUGAAAAGAGCAUGAGUUUUUUUUUUAUUAUUAUUAUUAUUAUUAUUAUUGUCUCAAAAGUAAAAAUGAAAAAAAAAAACUUUAUUGAUAUUAUUAUUAUUAUUAAACAAAUAUUUUAAUGUUUAUUUUGUACAUCUAUAUUUUAGUUUUUUUUUUUGUAUUAUUAUUAUUUAUGUCAUGGCCCAACUGUAAUUUCUCUUUUCUGCAUAAAUGAGAAGCUUUCUCUAUUUAUAAAACUGGUAUGACAAAACACUACAAAAAAAUCAAUCCUUUACCUCAAGACUUUCACACAGUGUUCAAAAGAUUGAACAAACAGUGUAGCGCGACAGACAACUUGGUGCAACAUUGCAAGUAUUUCUCCUGGGAUGUGACCAGCAGCGUCUCUCUCUCUCUCUCUCUCUCUCUCUCUCUCUCUCUCUCUCUCUCUCUCUCUCUCUCUCUGUCUUUUCUCUCAGACACAAUUUUACACAUUAAGUGAAUGUCUCCACUUUACCAAAACUCUCCAUUUUGGGUGUGAGCAGCUGUAUUACCAUUGUGCUGGACAUGCCAUUUUUGUCCACUCUCUCGAGUAUUUAACGCAUUCAGGGCCUGAUCUGACGUAAUUGUUACAUAAUGUACAGAUUAAAUUUUAUGCUACUACUCCCCUCAAAUAAAGUAUAGUGACU